AUGUCAUUAGCUAAGUCAAUUGCUGUGUUUGGAGGUAAUGGCUUCCUUGGUCGUAAAAUCUGUGAAAUUGGGGUUCAAAAAGGAUAUCAAGUAACUUCAUUCUCAAGAUCAGGUGAACCUCCUCAAGCUAUAAUCCAUCAACCUUGGAUUAAACAAGUUGAAUGGGAAAGUGCUGACUUAUUCGAUGCUUCGAGUUAUCAAUCUAAAUUAUCCAAAUUCGGUACUAUAGUUCAUUCGGUUGGGAUUUUAUUUGAAAAUCAAUCAUAUAAGAAAGCAAUGAAUUCAAAUAUAAACUUCCUUAGUGAUAUUCAAAAUUUCGCUAAUAGUUUAAAAGGGUCAAAUCCCAUGAAAAAGGGAGAAGAAGAUCAUAAUUCAUACGAGGCCAUUCAACGUGAUUCGGCUGUGUUAUUGGCUGAUACCUUUAUAACUGAACAGAAAGAAGUACCUGAUGCCAAUCCUACAUUUAUCUAUAUCUCCGCUGAUCAACAAGUCCCUAUGGUGCCUUCAGGAUAUAUCACCACUAAAAGAGAAGCUGAAUUCGAGUUAUCUUGUAAAGAAGGGUUAAGAUCGAUUUCGGUCAGACCUGGAAUAAUGUAUGAAGAGAAACAUGCCGAAGGAGGAGCAACCGCAAGGGAUUAUAUAACUACAUUUUUAAAAUGUGGAUAUAAUAGUAAACAAUACAUUCUUGGUAAUAGUAUACCAAUGUUGAAUCAAUUGGUUAGGCCAGUUGUGUCAACAGAUAAGGUGGCUAAGAGUAUUUAUGAAAAGAUUGAAGAUUCAACUUUCAAGGGAAUUGUCACGUUGGAUGAAAUUUAUAAAAGUUGA